UGGAUGGAGGGGAUAUUCCGUAUUAUUAUUAUUGUAUAGUGUUGUGUCUGUUGUGUUGAUGGGAUCGGGGAGGGUUGUCAAUUUUAUUAUACAGAACGAUAAAUAAAUAUUUAUUUGCGCACAAAUGGCAGGAGAAUUGAUAAGAGAAUUAGAAAAGGCUGCACAAGUAAUCUUGGCACCACCAAAUUUAAUUUCUUCAGAGCAACGUCGAACUGCGGAAGAUGUUUUCCUAAAUUUUCGAAAACUUCGAUCACCAUACGAGCUUUGUAGCCAAAUUUUAGAGACCAAUACGAACGAUUAUAUUCUUUUCGAAACUGUUGGCUUAAUAAGAAUAGCAUUGAUACACGAAUGGCAGCAAUUGUCGCAAACAGAUAUUUCCUCGUUAAGGGAUUACCUGCUACGUUAUGUUAUAAACAGACAAAACUUGCCCCCAUAUGUGAAAGCAUCUAUAUUGCAAGUUAUUGCAAUUAUAAUAGAAAAGGGGAGCAUGAAUGAUUCUGGACAGGCAAGGCAGCAGAUAUUAGGAGAAGUCGAGAAUUUAAUUAUAACUGGUGAUUUGCCAAAAAAAAUUCUUGGAUGCAACCUUAUUUCUGCUUUGCUUCAGCAAUAUGCGAUCAACUCGAAAUCCUCAUAUAUAGGUUUAUCGUUCGCAGAUCAAGUGAACGAAAAGAAACUGUUUGAGACUCAUGACUUGAGAAGAAUUUUUAGCUUUUGCAUUCGAAUAAUCAAUGAAUUGAUUAAGAAGGAUUUGCAAGAUGACAGUAUAGCAUUGCUGAAACAUUUAUUACCGAUCUUGGAGAACGUAUUUACAUGGCAAUUCUUUCGUCCGAAAGGUCAAAAAUUUGUAAUGAGUGUCAUCACGAGCCAAUCCCCCUUGUCUAUAGUCUAUAAAGUUUUGAGACUGGACAAACAAUGGCGGGAUAUAAUGUUGACCCCUGAAGUAUUAGAUUUAGUAUUUACAUUGUACUGGAAAAUACGAGGGAAUCUACAAUUAGCUCAUCACGUGAGAACUUGUUUGAUACAAAUGGUCAACAUUCACGACGACGUGUUAUCCGACGAAAGGGUGGUGCAAUAUUACAUUAGCUACUUGGAUAGAUUCUUGAAACUCGUGACGAGCAUUGAAAUCAUUGACGAAGAAGCAAGCGGUAUCGCCAAUAUAACGAACAAUCUAUUUAAAGAAAAACGAAUCUAUGGUUCCUAUCCGGAAAAUAUGUUGAAAUCAUUUAUGGAACAACUGUCGCGAUUAACUUGUUCGUUCCUGGAGCUCGCAGCUCAAGAAGAAUCAUCGGACACCGAUGAAUAUUUAUAUACAGAGGCUAUAGAUAUUUUGUUCACUACAUGGUUCUAUAUUUUACGUGCUGGUCUUCCCGAAUCCCUUAAACAAACAUUCUCUCAGUCGCAUAUGUACAUGUUCGAUACGUAUCUUCGGUGUCAUUUAUCACCUCCGGAAGGUGUUAGAAAUAUUGUUCUACAAAAAGAGGAAACAGAGGACGACGAUGUGGACGGAAUGAAGUUCAAGGGACCUUUAAAAAUGAUCGCAACGUUUGGUAGGCAAAUACCAAGUUACACUCUCCCAUUAUUGGCACAGUUGAUAGAAGAUCGUACUUCGAAAUUACGUGAGAAUUUAAACAGAUCGAUGGAGCAGAGAGAAUCGUUGAACGCAAUGGAGAACGAUUCCAUGUCUAGAUUAUACGAGGAUUUAUAUUGGCUAAUCCUUAUGAUAGGUAAUGUAAUUGGCGUGGAAUCUCGUGGUGAAGUUAGCAUAAUACCUUCAGAAAUAGUGGAAUACGGCAUAGAACAGGUGCAACAAGGAAAAGUUGACAUGAACGCUACGUCACAGUACUUGGCAUUGUCGGAGUACGUUUCACCACCUAUGAAUAUUUCGAUAGAAUCGGUAGAUCAUGUAAUUCGUUUGAUCGCAGACAUUUGUCGGCUGUGUUCCAUAGAGAGAACUGCGAUGUCCGUUCGACUGGACAGCAUAUUAAGCCCCGAAUUAAGUCGCACGCUAAUCUGGUUCUUGCAUAGAACGUCGGAGCAUUAUCUCCUACCAGAUUAUGAACUCUAUGCGUGUAGCGACAUAAAAUCUUUAGCGGCUGCACAGACCUUCAGCGAAGAUACGCCCGGCGCGUGUUGGUUCAUCGACUUUCUUUUAGAAAAGAUCGAAUUGAAUAUUAACGCUUUUAAAAGCGAGCCGGCGGUAAUGGAAGAGACUAUGUACCUGUUAACAUCGCUUGUUAAAACCAGAGAGAAAGCUAAUUACGUAUUAAAGGCGGAACGGUUUAGGCGCAUCGUAAAUUUGGCUAUAAACGAGCACCUUGAUUUUCCGCAAACAGUUAGAAGAGGUCUGAUGCAAGCAGUGGUCCAAAUUGCAGUUACUCUUAAAAAGAGUAUAGACGAAUCUUAUACGGCGGAGUCUCUACAACCGUUGUUGGAUAGAUUUAAACAAAUCACUUCAAACGACAAGUUUUUGCAAAUAUAUCAACAAGAGAACAUUAAACUCCGAGUGAUAGAUAUUUUAGAAUGUUUCAUUGGUGUAGCGCAGGGCGCACAAGGGUCCAAAGCAGGCACUAUGUAUCGAUAUUUGCAACCUGUAUUACGGCAACUGCCGCAUUUAUUAUCCUUGUAUCAUAAUUACCAGGAAGUCGUAGAAUUAAUUUUGGAGUUGCUUUACGAAUGUACGAGGGAACCAGCACCAGUACUUCGCAGAUUAGACCAGAGUGAAACUGCAGAAAUUUCUGAGAUAUUUCUGAGCACAAUACAAAAUUAUAGACGUUGGAAUAGUAAUCGAUUAACUGUCGACACGACAGCAGAAGAUAAUAGUUACGAGGAUAUAUUGUUAUUAUUGAAAUUGUCCACCAAUCUUCUGUACGAGAGUAUAUUCGAAGAUGAAUCGGUGUUUUUACAUAGUUUGACUAUAAUUAUGCCUAUGAUGACUACGGAUUUAUUAAAAUUUCCCAGUUUAUGCGUGUGCUAUUUUCAAAUGAUACAAUCUCUCUGUAGGAUGCACGCACGACAAGUAUUCAGCUUCCCUCCGAAAAUAUUGCAGCCGCUUCUGGCGUCGAUCGAGUUAGGCUUAUUCUCGUUCGGUUCAGAAGUGUUUUCAAUAUGUUGCUGUGCGAUCGACAGUUUGACGCAGGAGAUAUUACGAAAUCUUAAAGAUAACCGUCCGCAAAUCCAAGUUAUGGCACCGUUCUUGAAUUCGCUGAUCAACGUUAUUUUAACGCAACAAGUCAAUUCGGAUUUCGUCGACGACGUCAGCCUGCCACUUUUUAAUUUGAUACGUUGCUAUCGAGACGAGUACAAUAAAAUUGUACAGAACAUUCUAUCGACUCAAACAGAUCAACAGAUCGUGGAAAGACUAGCCAAUGCUUUUACAAAAUUGGUGCGGGAUGUAGAGUUGCACGCAAAUCGACGGGCGAACGUGUAUUUUGACGUUUUUUACAGUCUCAACGAGUUCAUUUGCAAUGUAAGGGGUUGUUUUAUGAUUAAAUAAAACAACUUAAGAUGA